GACGGGGACCGGAGGGCGGGGGCUGCUCCCCGGCGCGGUGGGAUGACCCCGGGCCCCCUCUCCCCGGUCUCCGUCCUGGGACCUUUCCACCGCAUCGACACCUUCCCCCCGCAGGCCGCGGGCCGGGUCGUCCCCUCCGCCGGCGGGAGGCCGCGGGAGGCCGCGGGGGUGGGCGGGCGGGCGCGACCCUCCCCGCGCCCAGCGCUCCCCGGGGAGGAGCCGGCCGGGUCGCACCGGGCCCGCUCGCCAAGUCCGGCUAGGAGCAGCCAAACCCAGCCCCCUGGGCUCGGGGUGGGCGGGGAGGGCCGGUCGGCCGGGCGCCUCUCCUGCACGGAGCGGGAGGACGGGCAAACUUUCCUCCCCGGCGGCGGCGGCGAGGCACCAGCGGUCACCGAGGGGGGCUCUACCGGCAUGGGCCCUGAGGCGCUGCAGCUCGGCACCUACGGCGGGGCGGCCGCCGCCGCCCUGCUCCUCUGGGCCGUCUGCGUGCUCUGCAGGAGGAAAAGGAAGACUGGAGAACCCCCACUAAUAAAUGGCUGGAUACCUUACCUUGGGAAGGCUUUGAUCUUUAGAAAAGACGCUUUCAAAUUCUUACUGGAUCAGCAAAAGAAACUUGGAGAUAUUUUCACUGUAUAUAUUGCUGGUAGAUAUAUUACCUUUAUCAUGGACCCAUUUCAAUAUGUCUAUGUCAUCCGAAAUAGCAAGCAACUUGAAUUUCAUGAAUUUGCUGAUAAAAUGGCUUCCAAAACUUUUGACUACCCAUCCUUGUCAAAAGGAGAAUUCCCUGAUCUCAAGCAAAACCUGCACAGAAUCUACCAGUAUCUACAAGGCAAGCCUUUGGAUAUCAUUUCUGGCCACAUGAUGAAAAAUCUCCAGGAUAUAUUUGAAUGGAAAUGCUCACAAGCAACAGAUUGGGAAACAGAAAAAAUGUACAAAUUCUGCUGCUCUGUAAUGUUUGAAGCCAGUUUUGUAACACUAUAUGGAAGAGUUCCUGCUGCAGAUGGCCACAAAGUUAUUAGUGAAAUCAGAGACAAAUUUAUCAAGUUUGAUGCCAGCUUUCCCUAUUUAGCUGCAAACAUACCAAUUGAGUUGCUAGGAGCUACCAAGAAGGUUCGGAAGGAGCUUAUACAUCAUUUUUUACUUCAGAACAUGACAAAAUGGCUGGGAGGGUCAAAAGUGGUCCAAGCCAGACAAGAUAUAUUUGAGAAAUAUGAGCUGCUUGGAGAUUAUGACAAAGCAGCACAUCAUUUUGCCUUCCUGUGGGCCUCUGUGGGAAACACGAUUCCAGCUACAUUCUGGGCCAUGUAUUAUCUUCUGCGGCACCCAGAAGCUUUUGCAGCGGUGCGUGACGAGAUUGACCAUUUGCUGCAGUCAACAGGUCAAAAGAUAGGGCCCACGUAUAACAUCCACCUCACCAGAGAACAAUUGGACAACCUGGUCUACCUAGAGAGUGCCUUAAACGAGAGUUUACGAAUGUGCUCAUCCUCCAUGAACAUUCGCAUCAGCCAGGAGGAUUUUGUUCUCAAGCUUGAAGGGAAUCAAGAAGUCAGUUUGAGGAAAGGAGACUGGAUAGCCCUUUACCCGCAGAUUUUGCACAUGGACCCUGAGGUCUAUGAAGAUCCGAAGGAGUAUAAGUUCGAUCGAUACAUAGAGAAUGGCAAGAAGAAAACCACAUUCUAUAAGGCAGGAAGAAAACUCAAGUAUUUCCUAAUGCCCUUUGGCUCUGGGAUCAGCAUGUGUCCAGGGAGGUUCCUUGCAAUGAAUGAGAUGAAGAUGUUUCUUUUCUUACUGUUGGCUCAUUUUGAUGUAGAACUGGUGGAAAACAAAGCUGUCAGACUUGAUAACAGUCGUAUGGGCCUUGGUAUCCUCCUGCCAGACGUUGAUGUUGCCUUUCGUUAUAAGCUAAGGUCCUUAAGAAAGUGAGCGGCUGCCUAUAUGCCUUCUACUAAUCUCCAUGUUUCAUCACUCAGCUUUGUAUUUUUCGAAACAUUUGCUUUUCCCUCUCCACUUUUACCUCCUUCUUAUGUGUUUCUAAGGAGGAAAGCCAUUGGGCUGGAAGCAGAUACCAGAUUUGGGGACAUGCAACCUCAGUUUUUCCUGCCUGAGUUGUGAGUAGCGAGGUCAGAUGACAGGACUGUGGCCAAGUAACUAGCCCAACAUCCCUACAAGGUGGACCCCCAUACUCUUGGCCAUGAGUUGAGCAGGAUUUACAGGAGGAUGACAUCAAGCUGAAUCCAGGCCAUUUGUAUGGGAAACGGGUUCAGCAGCCCUUGUAUCACAGGGGUUCCCCCUUGUUAGAUUGGGAGAUCCCAAACACCCACCAUCUGGAGUCAUCUCUGCACCUGCUCAUAGAAGCAUAAUAGCAAGAAAAGGGGAACUUAAUUCUAGGGAGUGAAAGAAUUUUCAGUUAAUAUUAUUCUAACUUUUUAUUUACUCUGUUCCGUUUGUGGUCUUGAGUGUCUUAACCCAUAUUUGGGAGAUGUGAUGGAAGCUAUGUGGUAUGGUGGGGGAUAAUUGGCAAGAAUGUCUUACCGGUAAUGCAUUUCUGAAUUCAGUUUUAUGUACUGAGGAUGAAUGCUUUGCUUUUCUUCUUCUUUUGGUUUUUUUUUUUUGGUGCAAUAAUAAGAAAUUAAACUCUGUGAUUUUUUCUGCAGUCAUUUCAAGUCAGAAGGGAGGUUCUGUUGAUUUUAAUAGGCUCUGGAUCAAGCCUAAAUUAUCUGUUUUGGCUUUUGAGCCAAAAAAGUAUAUUCUUCAGGGAGAAAAUAUAUAAGCCUGUUUGAAAUGAUUCUCUCAUCUCAAAAAUUACCUUCUGUUUGUCUCACAUGUUUUCCUAGUAACACAUCCGUGUGUUUAUUUUGACCAUUUCUUGUGUUUGUUCAUUUCUCCAAAAAGGCAAAAAAAGAGGGCUUCAAGGGCAAGUGUGGUAUCUAAAACUAAUUUUUAAUAGGGUUUUACUGUGCCUAAAUUAUGCAUAGGCAGAGUAGUAUAACCUGUGUUUGGAAACAGACUUUAACGUCUACAGAUUGGAAAAUAGGCUCUUCCCUGGGCCCAAAAUUUGAGCAAGUGAAAAUCCUGGGCAGCCACAGAAGUUGUCUGUAUACUGGCUGCCCAACCUGCUUCACCGGGUGACCAGCUCUUGUUUCAAAAAUUAAUUUCCUAGUGCGCAGGAUCUGAGAUUUUUAGACCCUGUCUCUCUUCCCAGCCAUCACUUCAGAGACUGAUGAGGAUUCUCAUGGCUGUCCAGUCUUACUUUGCCAGGAUGAUAAUUGUGAUGGGAGAGUAGCCAUGUCUGUGGGCCUUGCCUUGUGUUCCCAAAAAACAUCUCUUUGGGAUGUGCCAGUGUAACUCUUUUAAAAUCAGAAAUUUUACUCAUCUCUAACUCACUUGAUGGCCUAUGGAUGGUAACUGCUACAUACAUAGUAAAGAUUAGAAUUAUUUAUUGUGAUUUGUGUAGAACGCUGUUGAGUUAUUAAUGUAAAGCACAUGCCCUAAAUAAGCAUCAGCAUCAGUAGAAAGGCUUUCAGAGAUUGGCAUAGCCACAUUCCAAAUCCUCUGAGGAGAAAACUGUGGAUUUUGUGAGAUAUAUUGGAUAAACAUUUUCUCUUCAUAUAUAUUAUCAAUAAUGUCUACAGUGUUGGAGUACACUUACAUUAAAUGGCCUUUGCAGUUGAUUAAAUGCUUUAACUUUGCUUCAACAUUUAAUCAACAGCAAAAGCUGAUUAUUGCUUUGUGCCACAGAAUAAAAUUUGUUUUUAUGGAGAGAUUCUUGUACUCAAGUUACUUACUGCUGUAGUUACUCUGUAGGCGCUAUUCGGUACUCAGCCAUAGUUCACCAUCCAGUUUGGACAUUGAAGCCUGGUUUAUUGAGAGAGGAAACGUUGAUAUCAUUAUGCUGUUGACUGUUUUCCAUUAUUGCUUAAAUGUAAGCUGUAAAAUGUCUCAAGCCACAGUUAUGAUAAAUCUUUCUCUGGCAUCCAACUUCGAACAAACCUGAAGUAACUGUGCAAAUAACAGUAGGUAUCUGUUUUAAACAGAAGACUUUUUUAAAUAAUUAUAUUAUAUUUUUAGGAUUUUGAAUUAGAAUAUCACAGGCUGAUGCAUAGUUUGGUAGGACAUAAUAGGACUGUGCCAAAACUACAUAAAAAUCAUUAGUAAUUUCAGAUGAAUUGCUAAUCAGUAUGUAUAGAAUCCUUUCGGUUGGAAAAGACCUUUAAGAUCAUCAAGUCCAACCACUAACCUAGCACUGCCAAGUCCAACACUAAACCAUGUCCCUAAGUGUCACCUCUACACCUCUUUUAAAUACCUCCAGGGAUGCUGACUCAACCACUUCCCUGGGCAGCCUGGUCCAAUGCUUGACAACCCUUUCAGUGAAGAAACUUUUCCUAAUCUCCAAUCUAAACCUCCCCUGGCACAACUAGAGGCCAUUUCCUCUUGUCCUAUCGCUUGUUACUUGGGAGAAGACAUUAACAUCCACCUCGCUACCACCUCCUUUCAGGUAGUUGUAGAGAGCAAGAAGGUCUCCCCUCAGCCUCCUUUUCUCCAGGCUGAACAACCCCAGGUCCCUCAGACGCUCCUCAUAAGACUUGUGCUCUGGACCCUUCACCAGCUUUGUUGCCCUUCUUUGGACACGCUCCAGCACCUCAGUGCCUUUCUUGUAGUGAGGGGCCCAAAACUGAACACAGUAUUCAAGGUGUGGCCUCACCAGUGCCGAGUACAGGGGCACGAUCACUUCCCUGCUCCUGCUGGCCACACUAUUCCUGAUACAAGCCAGGAUGCCAUUGGCCUUCUUGGCGCCUGAGCACACUCCUGGCUCAUGUUCAGCCGGCGGUCGAGCAACACCCCCAGGUCCUUUUAUGCCAGGCAGCUCUCCAGCCACUCCUCCCCAGGCCUGUAGCGUUGCAAGGGGUUGCUGUCACCCAAGGGCAGGACCCAGCACUUGGCCUUGUUGAACCUUAUACAGUUGGCCUCCACCCAUCGAUCCAGCCUCUCCAGAUCCCUCUGCAGAGCCUUCUUCCCAUCACACUCCUGCCCAACUUGGUGUCAUCUGUAAACUUACUGAGGGUGCAUUCAAUCCCCUCCUCCGGGUCAUUCAUAAAGAUAUUAACCAGAACUGCCCCCAGUACUGAGCCCUGGGGAACAACCAGUCACCAACUGGAUUUAGGCCUCUAGGCCCGGCCAUCCAACCAGUUUUUUACCCAGCAAAAAGUAUGCCCGUCCAAGCCAUGAGCAGCCAGUUUCUCCAGGAGAAUGCUGUGGGAAACAGUGUCAAAGGCUUUACUAAAGUCCAGGUAGACAACAUCCGCAGCCUUUCCCUCCUCCACUAUGUGGGUCACCUUGUCAUAGAGGGAGAUCAGGUUAGUCAAGCAGGACCUGCCUUUCAUAAACCCAUGCUGAUUGGGCCUGAUCACCUGCUUAUCCUGUACAUGCUGCGUGAUGGCACUCAACAUGAUCUGCUCCAUAACCUUCCCCAGCACUGCAGUCAGGCUGACAGGUCUGUAGUUCCUCAGAUCCUCCUUCCGGCCCUUCUUCUAGACGGGCGUCACAUUUGCUAACCUCCAGCCAACUGGCACCUCCCUGGUUAGCCAGGACUGUUGAUAAAGGAUUGAAAGUGGCUUGGUGAGGACUUCUGCAGCUCCCUCAGUAUCCUUGGGUGGAUCCCAUCUGGCCCCAUAGACCUGUGUGUGUCUCAGUGCUGUAGCACGUCGCUAACCAUUUCCCCUUGGAUUGUGGGGGCUUCAUCCUGCUCCCCAUCCCUGUCUUCCAGCUCAGGGAGCUGGGCACCUGGGGAACAACUGGUCUUACUAUUAAAGGUGGAGGCAAAGAAGGCAUUAAGUGCCUCAGCUGUUUCCUCAUCCUUUGUCACUGUGUUUCCCCUUGCGUCCAAUAAAGGAUGGAGAUUCUCCUUAGCCCUCCUUUUGUUGCUAAUGUAUUUAUAGAAACAUUUUUUAUUUUCUUUUACAGCAAUAGACAGGUUAAGCUCUAGUUGGGCUUUGGCCCUCCUAAUUUUCUCCUGCAUAAAUUCACGGCAUCCUUGUAGUUCUCCUGACAUGCCUGCCCCUUCUUCCAAACGUUAUAAACUCUCCUUUUUUCCCCGAGUUCCAGCCAAAGCUCUCUGUUCAGCCAGGCCAGUCUUCUUCCCUGCUGGCUUGUCAUUCAGCACAUGGGGAUGGCCUGCUCCUGCGCCUUUCAGAUUUCCUCCUUAAAGAAUGCCCAGCCUUCCUGGACUCCUUUGCCCUUCAGGGCUGCCUCCCAGGGGACUCUGCCAACCAGGCUCCUAAACAGGCCAAAGCCUGCCCUCCAGAAAUCCAAGGUGGCAGUUCUGCUAAUGCCCUCCUUACUUCUCCAAGAAUCAAAAACUCUGUCAUUUCAUGAUCACUGUGCCCAAAACAGCCUCCAACCAUCACAUCCCCCACAAGUCCUUCUCUGGUCGCAAACAACAGCACCAGCACGGCACCUUCCCUAGUUGGCUCACUCACCAGCUGUGUUAUGAAGUUAUUGUCCACGUACUCCGGGAACCUCCAGAACUGUUUCAUCUUUGCUGUAUUGUAUUUCCAGCAGACAUCUGCUAAGUUGAAUUCCCGCGUGAGAAAACAGGCUAGCGAUUGUGAGACAUCUGCCAGCUGCUUAUGGAGUAUUUCAUCUGCCUCUUCAUCCUGGCUGGGUGGUCUAUAACACACUCCCACCCUGAUACCUGCCUUGUUGGCCUUCCCCCUGAUUCUUACCCAUAAACACUCAACACUAUCAUCACCAUCAUUAAGCUCUAGACAAUCAAAACUCUGCCUAACAUACAGGGCUACCCCACUGCCUCUCCUCCCUUGCCUAUCCCUUCUGGAGAGCUUAUAGCCAUCCAUUGCAGCACUCCAGCUGUGCGAGUCAUCCUACCAUGUUUCUGUGAUGGCAACUAUAUCAUCGUUUUCCUGCUGCACAACGGCUUCCAGCUCCUCCUGUUUGUUGCCCAUGCUGCAUGCAUUGGUGUAGAUGCACUUCAGCUGGGCUAUUAAUCCCGCCACCUUUUUGGGGGGAGAAGGCCUAAUUCCUACGUGACCAUUCUCAGGCGCUUCCGUGGUUUCUAACACAUCCAUAACCCUUGCGUCUCUGCUGCCACAUGGAUCUCCAUCCUUUACCUCCACUGAGAUGGCAGACCGAAGGGCCUUGCUGCGUAGCACACUACCCCUCAAAUAUUGGUGUGCCACCUCCAGGCUUAUCUCUAGCAAGCCUGGUUUUAUAGUAACUAUUUUGAAAUUUUAAAAAAAGCCAGAUUGUAUCCACACUAGCAAAUUAAAUCUAUAGGGCAUGCUUCCAUUUUAAAAAAGAAAACAAGCAUCAGAAUCUUUCCCAGGAGUUGCAGCAAACUUCUGUGAAGGCAAUUGGAGGCCUUGCAUUGGGGUUGGAGAGCAUACUAUGCAUCAUGCAAGAUGACUUCAUUUUGCUGGUAAUAAAGUUAGUUGUUCUAUUUGCUGAGGGACCGAAGUAAUCAAACGUAGAGCAGUGCUUGCCCAGCUUGUCCUUUAACUGUGUCCCUUGUAACUCAUGCUGCUGGUGGGUUAGUUUUGCUGGUAAGCAAUGCAUCGCUACCUCAGCAUAUCCCCACUGUAGAGGAGGUAAACCUUACCCCCCCGUAAAGUCACGAGCACUAGAGCAGGACAGAGGAAAUUUUAAGCCCUUGUGGUCCAUGGACUCAGCAGCUGAGGAGGUGACUUACUGAGAGUCAGCAGGUGGUCUGACCAAGAGUGAUUCGGUCACCGUGGAGCAGGGAGUGAAAGGCCCACAGUGUCGAUAUUCCUGGUCAAUAAGCUCUAGCAACAUAAUGGGAUAAGCGUGCACCAUCCCUGGAGGUCCCUGCUGGAGCCAAGCUGGCUGCAGCAUGCUGCGCCAGGGAGAGCAUGGUUCAUGACGUAGGGAGCAAUACGGUUUUUGAUGACCUCCUCUGCUGCAGAACUUGGGAACAAUCAGCUCUUAGUGUCUGUCACUGGGGCACUAAGAUGGCAAAAUCGCCUAAGCAGAAACUGCAGUGCUGUUUGCAUGCGUUCAGGUGCCAGCGGUGCUGCAGGGGUGAGUGGUGGGAGGCAGUCAGACCUUGUGCUUCCUUGUCCCUGCUCUCCACUUAAGUGGGGGGGUCUGCCCUGCAAGCCCAGAAAUGACUGCUUGUCUCAUCCUCUGACCCAGCAGGCGUAGGGUCAGCCAGGAGGAGUGCGUGGGUGCCCCUCGAAUUUCUCUGCUGUUCGUCUAGUGAAAUGGUGCACUCACUGAUCAGUUUGAGCUGUGACUCGGCUGGUUAGUACCAGCCUCUGACUGUAAGUUGUCACUGCCUAUGGCUGUAUUAUCUUCUGCUAUUAAAAAAAAAAAAAAAUCACAUUUUUUCCUCAUAUGAAAUAGGUUUACUAAGUCAGUAUGGCCCUUUAUAGCACCUGAGAAGAAAAGUGAAUUCAUCAUCAACUAAUGUGAAUGCUAAAAUGUGAUAUUUUUUUAAUUAUUAUUUUAAUUUACAGAUUGUAUGUUCUUCAUUUUCAUGCUGGCACUCAGUACUGCUGUAAGCUAUUGUAAACUUUUUAAACUGUUACAUUACGUAAAAGACCCUGCUAGUCUAUUUGUACCUGUUUGCAAAUCAGACUUUCACAUCUCUGCCAGUAUGGCCUAAUGUGCUAAUAUAAAACCAUGUAAGAGUUGUUCUUUAGUUUAUGCUCUUUAGCCAGUUGCAUGUCACUAUUUUUGUGAAUAACGACUGGUCUGUGAAUUUCUCUUGUAGAAUUAUAAAUGAUCUUUUAUUUCAUCAUUAUUGAACUUUCUGACACUCAAAAGGUUGUGAAUUGCUCUUAAUUGUGCAAACUGACAUUUUUUAUGUAGAUGAACAACGGUUAGGUUCUACUUUAAUAGUUAAUAUCCAUCAUUAAGGCUCUUAGAUUGAAUAAGGUAUAUUGUGAAUUUCUGAGCAAGAAAAUUGAAACUUCAUUAUUUUAGUAAUCUAACAUUUUAAGUGAAUUUUGUAUUUCAAGGACACAAUAAAAAUGAAUAUAUAUAUAUUUUAAUAUUGAA